AUGACACAUGUCAUCGCGGUUGGCGAGGAAGAUCUCAACGAGGAGCUCACACGAAUGAUCGCUUCUAAUAGAGAUGACUGCGCUGGAGUGGAUCGUCACCGAGACCCCUUCCUCACUGAGAGGUACAUCACUGUCGAGGAAGCUGAUCGGCUGAUGGAGUGUCCAACUCGUGGGGAAGCAGUAGAAGUAGGAUCUUCCGAAACUGUGUAA